AUGGACCACGAUGCAGCGGGCCAGGCGGGCCCGAGUGCCGCGGGGCCAUCACGCGGACGGGCUCUACGCAACCGCCCCAGCGACGUAUCGUACACCGACAAGCGCUCUGCGCGCCCUAGUGGUCGUGCCGUCAGCCAGGAGGAGAUGGAGCGCGCCAUCUGGAAGCUUGGGCCUGAGGGCAUGGCUGCGCGACGCGAAGAGUUGAUCCACGAGAAAGAGGCUCUGCUCCGUACCGUCGUCGAGGAACAUGACAUGGCCGUCAAGGAGAAGUUCCACCUCGAGCGAUACGUCAGCAUCCUCGAAGGCUGGGACCCAGAGGACGCCAAGAACGACAACUCGCCUGUGUUCCUAGAGUACAAGAACAAAGACUAUGACUUGCUCAGCCUCAUCCCGAACUCGAUCAUCCCAGGCGUCCAACCCGCUCAAGCGUUCGGACGCGCAAGGACGACACGCAGGCAGCUGCAGCAGAAGUCCAAUAUGGUCGGCAACGUAACAGCAAUCGCAAAGCCGACGCCGAAAGGCAAAGGAAAAGCGAAGGCUGUUCCUGAGCCGGAGCCGGAGCCAGCUGCGCCAGCCGCUACUGCAUCGGUAAAGGGCAAAGGCCGCAAGUCAGCCCCGUCUGCGACUGCUGAGCCUGAGUCAGAGGCUGAAUCCUCCCGGGCCCCGACGCCAGCUCUUAAGACGACUGCGAAAGGCAAGGGGAAGAAGGGACGGCGUGCUACCAUGCACGUCGAGCCUGAGACCGAACUCUCUACCGAACCGGAGGAGCAACCGGUACAGAAGGGGAAGAAGCGGGGGAGGCAGUCGAUGCCUAAUCUGCCCGCAAAGAAAGUACGGGCUUUACGCAAGUCGGAACCUAGUGCGACAGCCUCUCCGCGUUCCUCUUCGCCUGCUCAGACGCCAGCGAAAUCACCGACACCAGAGCCUGAGCCGGAACCAGUCGCCCUCCCGUCUCUUGCUCAUCUCCCCUUCCCACCACCACCAGAGCGACCUAAGUGGCGACGAUCUGGUCCCUCGCGCAUCAUCUACACCGAUCCCAACCAACGACCUCUUACCAAGCCGCAGCAUGAUGGCGACAUCUCCAAGAUUCUCGAGUCGUACAUCCACAUCGAGGAUACGGGACCGCCAACGACAAUGCAAUUCCUCGAGCAAGCCGCCUUACGAGCCGGUUGGUUACGGAACCGCGUCAAUUGGUUGCAGCACCAGGGGCGCUUGUUGCGCUUGCUGGACGAGGAAGACGAAGGGCCUGAAACGAAGGUCCGCGAUCGGAGUCAUCAGAAGAAGGCUCCCGUUGGACCGCCGCCGCGUGCGACCGACUUUCAAGACAGUCUCAUGUCGCACAUGGUACAGGUGCGCAACGCCAUGAUCUACGAGGCCAAGAUGAAGCCUCAGGUGUGCAAGCGCAUUGCGCGUGGCAUUCAGCUUUACUGGGAGCACAUCCAGAACAAGGAUGAGCGCGAGCGUCAAGCUCAGGAGAAAGAGCGCAAGCGCAAAGCCAAAGACAUGGUCAAGGGUCUGCGGAAGCGCUGGGGUCUGGCUGUCAAGAUCGCAGCGCAGGAGAAGCUCGAGCAAGAUCGCCUCGGUAAGGAACAUCUUCAGAACAUGCUCCAACGGAGCACUGGACUCCUCGAAGGACAGCGAGAUCACAUGAUGGGAGGGGGAGAAGGGUACGAAUCCGAUUCUGAUGAUUCCGACGCUACCGACGAUGUCUCAGCUGCUGAGGAGAGCGACGACGAAGAGGCAGGAGACGUUGACAUGGAAGCCAAGGAGACGGAAGCCAAGGAGACGGACGCCGGACCGACCGCUGCUGAGAGUGAAGCUGCGGACGACCUCUCAGAAGAGGAGAGUGGGGAGGAAGGUUCUGGCUCGGAGGAAGAAGACGAGGAAGACGACGAGUCUCGACAUGAGGCUCUGCGUCUGCUUGUCGGCACCGCGGGCGAAGAACCAGAGACACCCGCCGACAUAACCGCCCCUCCUUCGGACGAAGCUGAGCCUGAGGCAGCCGGUGACCUGACCUUAGGUGACACGUCUCUUGUUCUUGUAGAGGAUGUUUUGGCUUCUCAACCUUCGACCGCGCCCGCUAACGGCACUCGUCCCGUUCCAGCGGUGGACACGGACGAUGUGGAGAGGGCCCCGCUGACACAGGGGCCAGGCAUGGACGGCCCCACUGAGAACGACGCCCUUGCUUCUGCACAGACGGAAGAAAUUCUGGCCUCAUCCCCCGGCCCUAACGAGGAGCAGGCUGAGGAAGAGCUGCCUCCGCCACGACCCCGCUCGAAACGUAUACAGCGCCGCUCGUUAGCUGCUGCCGCCUCGACGCCCGAUCCAGAUGCGAACGAUGCCGAAUUUCAUGGCUCCGACUCGGAGCGCGACGCCCAGGAUGCCGCCUUCGACGUCGAAAUGGGCGAGAACGCCGCUUCGGAUGCCGAUUCUGAGGAUGAGGGACUUCUCAAGGAUGCCGAGAUGCCGAUCGAGGAACUGCUCAAGCGCUAUGGCUACCCCAUGCCUGGGAUGGAAGCCGAAGCCGAGGAGGCAGUGGAUGCGGAAGGCGAUGAGUCUGAGGCUGGCGCUCCUACCGGGGAGGACCCCAAGGCUGAAGAUGUGCAGGAAGUCGCAAAGGUUUCGGUGGAGACUGUGAAGGAGACAAUAGCUGAGACCGAGGUCGAGGUGGACGUCGACACCGAGGCUGGGGUACAGGAGCUCUCCGCGUCGGUUCAAGCGCAAACCUCCGCCACGGCAACCGUCCGAGCGGUUGCACCUGAGGAGGCUCCGCUCGCCAACGGGUCUCAAGAAUCCUCUGCGCAGCCGAACGGGCACACAGAUGCAUCGGGUCUCGGGCCAGCGGAUACGGACUCCACGACCGACCAGCAUCACGGUGCUGGAGCGGAGCCGACGGUCGACAAGUCCCUGACGGAUGAAGCGCUCGCUCACCGUGGCUCAUCGCCUCCUGGUUUGAUUAUCGAAGGCAAGCGCCAGCGUCGCGCUCGCCAAGUUUGGACCCCUCCAGACACCCCGCAAGCCCUUAUCUCGAACAAGCCGAAGAAACCCAAAGUUCAGAUCAUUCCAGACCCGGCCCCCGACACAACCGAGGAAGCGGAUGCCAAGGAGGAAUCCGACGUGGAGAUGGAGUCCACUCCCGAGCCAACGCCCUCCCUCACGAGUAGUGAAGAGGUCACCGACGACGAAGAGGAGGUGGAAGAGGGCGAGCCUGAGCCUGAAGACCCGAAUGCACCCAAGCUCAAGCCUCCUUUCUUGCUCCGCGGAACCCUCCGUCCUUAUCAGCAAGCCGGUAUGGAGUGGCUCGCAUCACUUUAUGGCAACAACAUGAACGCUAACAGCAGAAAAACGAUCCAGACUAUCGCUCUUCUUGGUCAUCUUGCGUGCGACAAAGGUGUUUGGGGUCCUCACCUCAUCAUCGUCCCCACCUCUGUCAUUCUGAACUGGGAGAUGGAGUUCAAAAAGUUUUUGCCCGGCAUGAAGGUUCUGACCUACUACGGUAACCAGAAGGAGCGUAAGGAGAAGCGCGUGGGCUGGAACACGGAAAACCAUUGGCAGGUGUGCAUUACCAGCUAUCAGAUCGUGCUCGCCGACCAGCACAUCUUCAGGCGCAAGAACUGGUGCUACAUGAUUCUCGACGAGGCGCACAACAUCAAGAAUUUCCGCAGUCAGCGGUGGCAGACACUCCUCGGCUUCAAAACGCAGCAUCGCUUGCUCUUGACGGGUACACCACUGCAGAACAACCUGAUGGAGCUGUGGAGUUUGCUCUACUUCCUCAUGCCCAACGGUAUCACGGCAGACGCCACCGCUGUGGUCGGCUUCGCCAACCACAAGGAGUUCAUGGAAUGGUUCUCAAACCCUAUGGACAAGGCGGUCGAGUCUGGAGAAGCGAUGGACGAGGAUACCAUCGAGAUGGUGAACAGGUUGCACACAUUGCUGCGACCUUUCAUCCUCCGUCGUCUCAAGUCCGAAGUCGAAACCCAGCUCCCCGGCAAGUUCGAACACGUUGUUUACUGCCGUCUGUCCAAGCGUCAGCGAUUCUUGUACGACGAGUUCAUGUCUCGCGCUUCGACCAAGGAGGCGCUCACAAGCGGCGGCUACCUCGGCGUCGUCAAUACGCUGAUGCAGCUCCGCAAGGUCUGCAACCAUCCUGACUUGUUCGAGGUCCGUCCCGUCCGAACCAGCUUCGCAAUGGACCGCGGCGUCGCGACCGACUUCUCUCCACUCGACGUUCUCGUUCGCAAGCGACUGCUCGAAGCGAACGACGAGCUCGACAUCGGGGCUCUGAAUUUGAGUGUAACCGGUCACGAGGCUGAGUCAGGAUGGGUCGCUGGCAUGCGCGCCCGUCUCGAUGCCAGUGACCAGCUGCCCUUUGCCGACGACGCCAAGCCAGCGAAGGCUCCAAAGUUCGAUACCCGAACGCCUUCUGGCUGGGCGAAGUACCGCGAGUGGAAGCAGCAACAGCAAAGCAUGGAGCGCUGGCGAGCGCUCCGUGACAUCAACCGGCGGCGCUGCCAGAGCGGACCCAUCUACGGCCGUACCACUCUCAAGAUGCUUUCCGACCUUCCAAACUACCUGCUACCAGCUUCUCAGCCGCAUGGCAUCAGUGACCAGUACGGAGAACACCCACCUCCGGCUGCGCCAUUGGUCAGGUCAUACGCCGAACGAGAACAAUUGGUCACUCCGCUACUGAACAAGUUCGCUGUAAUCCCUCCCAACGCCGUCGCCCGAGAUGUUGCCAACUUGGCUCUUCCGGGCGUCGACCCCGAGCACUCUAGCCUGACCGACCCGGAGUUUGAUACCCUGCACGACGCCACUGUCCGACUCCAGAUCGCCUUCCCUGAUGCCUCCCUUCUGCAGUACGACUGUGGCAAGCUGCAGAAGCUUGCCGAAAUGCUGCGAGAUCUGAAGGCGGGAGGUCACCGAUGUCUCAUCUUCACCCAGAUGACGCGUGUCCUGGACAUCCUUGAGAUCUUCCUGAACUUCAACGGCCACCGCUACUUGCGCCUGGACGGAAGCACGAAGAUCGAGGACCGCCAAGUGCUGACCGAGCGCUUCAACAGUGACCCUCGCAUCUUCUGUUUCAUCGCCAGCUCGCGUUCUGGAGGUGUCGGAAUCAACCUGACAGGAGCCGACACUGUGUUCUUCUACGACUCGGACUGGAACCCAGCCAUGGACAAGCAGUGCAUGGACCGUGCGCACCGAAUCGGUCAGACGCGCGAGGUGCACAUCUACCGCUUCGUUUCGACUGCGACCGUGGAGGACGCAAUCUGGAAACGUCAGUGCCAGAAGCGCGAGCUGGACCGCAUGGUCAUCCAGGACGGCGACUUCACGACCGACUUCUUCGCCAAGACAAACUGGAAGGAUGUGCUGCAGGACGAGGCGGCCGUCGAGGACGACGACCGCAUUGAGGACAUCGAAGUCGAGGCUGCCCCUGAGGCCGAAGAUGCGACCGUUGCUGAGCCGCGUCUCGGUCAACAGCGCGAGUUCGUCGAGGCGCUCGCUGAAGUCGAGGACGAGGAGGACGCCGCUGCCGCGCGCGUGGCGCAGGGCGAGGGGGAGAUGGACUUUGCAGAGUUCACCGACAAACGGCCCGAGCGUCCUGUCGCGAGGCAGGCGCAGUCUCAGUCGCUUGCCCCCUCUGCUUCUGUUCCAGCCAGCGGCAGCGCAACGCCUGCCCCUGGUGCUGCAGUCGCUGAGGGCGAGGACGAUGAGUAUGAGUACGACGAGGAUGAGCCGGGAGGUGUGGACGAGUACAUGCUUGCCUGGGUGGAGCACGACUGGGACUACUUCAUCAACUACAAGGUCUAA